CCGUAACAAGCCAUACCUGGAAUGUACACCGAUUUCCUGCAACUGUUUAAGAACCUACAAUCAUAGUAGUUGCAAAAUUUAAGCCUUGUGGUGUCCGUUGGCCAUAGUCCGUCGUGCUGUCCGGCUUACUCCACCACAUUUACAGCUAUAACGUUGGCCUUUUCACCGAAGUUUGAAUUGCCACUACAGGAGGGCAUACAAAAUUUCUUGGUUUCUGAAGGGCAAGCGUUGUAACCACUCGCAGUCAAAACGCACGUGCCGGGCCUAAAUAACGCAUCCUUACUUGCGUACUGGGUGUUCGCACAGCCAAAGCAGCCAUGCAGCAGGUGGCAUCGUCGGGUAGCGUGCCACUUGGCAUGUCCCUCCCAGCCUGCAGGCGCGUAAGCCCUAGCUUACGACUUGGUCAUGGAAGCUACAUUUGCAAGUCUCGCUAUAUGUCGCAUGCCGCAAAUCUAGUUUUCGCUGGAUUCGGGCGUUGUGUCGUAGUUUGCCCGCAUGGAAAUAGGUGCAGCCAGCUUCCAGCCCUCGCACGAGACGCUCCGCAAGGCGCAAGCAGCUCCACAGGCUCACAUGCGGCCUCAUCGGGCGAAGAGAUCAUCGUUCUGGGCCUUUCUCCGGAAGCCCUGGUUACAGCCACUCCCAUCGGAGGAACGCCGAACACGAGCUCGUCGCGAGGGUCGUCUCGAGCUUCACAAGAUACGGGGUCUUACAGUAUCGACUCUCAGCUGCCAGUAUUAGUGGACGCACAGGCGGUGUUGGCUUCUAGUCAAGCCAAUCAAGAUGCGGCCGCGCGAUCGCCAUUGCAGCCCAACGAAGUACACACCCCCAGCGCAAGCGGCCAAGACGCAGAUGCGCCACAUCCUAAACUCCUCCUUCCUCAAACAGACGCGCUUUCUGCUGCUGCCCUGUCAAGCUCCGAAACCGUAUCCACCCGGACAUCGCAUCUCUCGGCGGGCGAGCUUAGCAGGCAGGCCUCGAAUCCCGCGUCCUCCUCCUCAGGACGGCCCUCUCCAACCCAACCUCAGCAGCCUCUAACAGCCCAUGAGCAACCCCAACAGGAGCCACAUCCACUUCCUCAAAACCGUCACCAACAACAACAGGAAGCGCAGCAGCAGCAGCAGGAGUCGCACCAGCCGCUGCAGCAGCAGCAGCAGCCAGGGCUGUGGCAUCAGCUCAGCAGCACCCUACGCGGGCUGCACUGGGGCAAGCUGUGGGCGCUGGCGCUGCUGUUCAUCAGCUACGUCCACCAGGCCACCACGGGGUUCGCGCUGCCCGCGAUGUUACCCAUGAUCUCCAACGAACUCCACCUCACAGACCUGCAGGGCGCCCUCCUCACCACCGGCUACAGCUACCUCUACGCAGUAGCCCUGGUGCCCAUCGGCAUCCUCGCCGACCGCAUGAGCCGACCCAAGCUCCUAGCCGCGGGUCUAGCCCUCUGGUCACUCCUCACCUGUACGGCAUCCACCUGCCGCUCGUUCGGGGAACUCAUCCUGGCACGUGUGGGGUUCGCAGCGGCGCAAGGCGCGCAGAACCCGGUGUGUUUUUCGUUGAUUCCGGAGCUGUUUCCCGUCAACAAGUCGACUGCGUUGUCGUUGUACAACUGCGCGAUCUAUGUGGGACGAGCACUGAGCUUUGGGGCGGUGCUGCUGGCGCGGCACCUGCACGAUAACGACCAGGCCCACCUGGCAGCUCGCGGCGGUCUGCGGCUGCACACCCGGCUGCGCCAGCUCGACCGCGCCGACCUGCACAGCCUGUCCAUCAUGCACACCGCGGGCGACAUGGCGGCGGCAACACCCGACCGCGAGUUCAACUUCCCGCUGUGGGAGUACGGCAGCGACCUGCCGGACUCUGCGUGGCGGCAGGUUCUCCGCUGGAUUGCCGUUCCCGGCUUCCUUAUCGGCCUCGCCCUGAUAGCCACCCUGCAGGAGCCCAGAAACGCCACCCUGCAGCAGCAGCAGCACACAGCAGCAGCGACACCACCCGUGGAGCUGGUUGCAUCCGGCAGCUCGGCCGCCAAGCCAGCUGCAGCUGCCGUACCGACAGCGGCCCCAGCACCACCCCUGACGGGUCCAACGACCCCUAGCCCCGCUGCCGCUACCGCCGCCGCCGCUGCUACUACUCCCCUUGGCACUACGGCAUCCGCCACCUCACCUGAAAACUCGCCUGCUGCUGCUCCCGCAACCUCCACCCCGCUCAACAGCACCACCAGCCCGGGAGAAGGCAGCAGCAGCAGCAGCCCAGCAGGCGGCAUGUGGGCUCUGCUGCGCUCCCGUGGCUUCAUGUCUGUGACGCUGGCGGCGGCGCUGAACGAUGUGGGCUCCUACGCGCUCAUCGCCUGGCAGUCCACCUUUUACGAGCGGGUGUACGGGCUGGAGUCGUCCGCGUAUGCACCGGUGCUGGCCACGUUGCUGCCCAUUGGGGGCAUCCUGGGCGGUGUGGGCGGCGGCUACCUGGCCGACCGCCUCAGCCGCUGCGGGCGCCGCUGGUGGGUCACAGCGGGCGCCACCUGCCUCGCUGCGCCCUGCCUGGCCGCCUCCUGCCUGGCGCCCUCGCCGCAGCUGAGCUACGCGGCGCUGGUGGUGGGGUUCGCGCUGAGUGAGAUGUGGCGGGCGCCCUCGGCGGUGAUGGCCAGGGGUCUGGCUCCCGCCUCCAUGGGCUCCACCGCCUCCGCGCUCUACCUCUGCGUGCGCAACCUGUUGGGCGGGCUGGGGCCGCUGGCGGUUGCGGCGCUGGCGGGGGGGUGCGGGGGGCUGCAGCGGGCCAUGCUGGUGGUGGUGCCGGCGAUGUACCUGGGGUCGGGGCUGCUGUUCGCAAAGGCUGAGGAGCUGUACGAGGCGGAGAUGGGCGCCAAGAUGGAGGCCGCCAAGACAUCAGCGCCCGCUUGAGAGCACACAAAAAAAUACACACGUCGGCAGCAGCUGCCGCUACUCGGCUUGUGCGAGGAACUGCCGUGCGAGUCUGGACGAGGACGGUCCUGAUCGUAAGCUGCGGCUUGCUGUACGGUACGGUAUUGGAUCUGAUGUGCGUUAGCAGUAAGCCGGCUGUUCGUCUCUGUGUAUUUAUGGGUUGGUGGUUUUUUGGAGGGCCUAUGGAUGGACCUGUGGCGGUGGUCUUGUGUGAGGUGUUGAGGCGACUAGUAAGGUUGAACGGUUGAGACACGCCAUUCAUCACGCAUGCCUUUAUAAGCCGUUAGGGACUCGCCUCCACGCUUUCCACGCCCAGUUACCUUAUCCUGCGUGCAUCGAAGAAUUCGAAGAAACGGUUUUCGCGUUGCGCGUUGCGGUCCUUCUUGACGUCUGUUUGAAGACCGGCUUGAGGAUGUUUUGGCAAGCGGCUAGGGAGCGUGUGCGCGUGGUGCUUUUAGGGCCGAGUAAGCGAAGAUGCUUACCGGCGGGAGCUAGCUGGGUAGCAAAACGUUUUGUACAAUAUUUAAUGUACGGAUUAGUACGAAAGCCUUUGUUUCUGCGCGGGGUGUGCUAAGGCAAGGAACGUUUUUCCCCUGCAAUACGUAUGUUGGCUCUCCUGUUUGCAGCUUUUUGUUGAGACAGCCAUGGCAAGGAUGAUGAUGAAUAAGCGUGUUUGCUUCCUUUGCUGCGGUUCGGGUGUUUGUCCCUGGUGUGACUUAUGGUGCCAGUUAGGUUUGACGUGAGCUAGCGGUGAGGAGCGGGGUGGCUUGUUCCCCAUCCAGCUGGUGUUACGGUUGUUCAGCAGCGCGGAGACAGUCGCAAGACAGUUCUGGUUGGCGUGGUUGGCUGGGUUGCUGUACGGUACGUCACCUUGGGUCCGGCUUGGUGGUAAGGUGAUUGGGCGCUAAUGACAGCAGGCGAUUUUGGCGUCUUGGGUUGGAUGUUGAAGAACAGGCGAACAAAUGGUGGACAGUGCUACCAACAGGUUUAGCGUACGGACCAAGAGACGCGGGAAUGCGAAGUGGAAGGUGGGUCGUGCGUCGGCAUCAAGGAUGGCUCAGUGUUGGCGGAGUAAUGUUCGGCCGUAGCCUUCAAGUUCGUACUAGCCUAGUAGCUCGUCGGGACCCCCAUUAUGGCUUUAAAUAACCCCAAUGGGCCAGUUUAUGUGUGUUUGGUAGGUCCUCCUUUGCUUUUAGCCCAGUUUUGUCGUAGUAUUCUAGUAUGUGUGGGACGUGUGCGGUUAAGGGCCUAAGCACGCUCGAUAGCGCUAAUGAGGGUUCCAAACUAGGGCAGCGCCUGCAUUAGGCGUGCGCCUUGCUCCGUGUGUUGACACGGGGCUGGUGGCUUUAAACCCCCAAACCCCAAGGAACAUCCUGGUUGAUAUACUCUUUGGUGCUGUUGUGCUUCGCCGUUGCAUCGGUUUUUGUACGAGUGUCCGUACGUGUUGUGCCCGUUAGACUGGAAGCUUCUGUUCGUUGUGUGUGAGUGAUCACUAACGGGGGUACCACCCGGGGUGGCAGGACCGGUAGUGAUUACCGGUUCCUCCGAGCAGCGGGGUCGGCUGGUUCCUCUGUUGCCAUAGUCACUAGCAAAGGGCCUGCCCCGCCCCAGUAUGGUCGUUUGGGAGGUACCGCUAUUAGCAUGUCGGAUGUCUCCGUGCCUUUUACGGUAGUUGAUUGGGUUUCUAUGCCAUGUGGAGGAUCUGAGCAUAUGCGAGUAUUCGCCUUCCAUUCCUGAGGGAUUGCUGGUGUUUCCCUGAGACUGGUAUGAGCAGAUAGAUGAAUGCUGUCGUGAUAGUUGGGAGCUGGUUGCGUUAACUUAGCGGGGGGGGAGGUGCAUAAGUAACGCCUUACAUGGACUUCGCGGCUGCUGCAUGUGGCGAGUCUUGUCGUACCGUUUCGGCAAGUCCCUUGCCGCGUUUUGCCCCGCUUUAGCGUGCCCGAGUGCAAGAAAUGCAACCUAAAUUGGAUGGCGCGCUGCCGUAUAAAGGCGGAGGUAUUGUACGACUGCCGCUUACCGGAUGCAAUGCAUGUCAUACAAAGGUGCCUUCGCGUGCUUCCCUGGUUUGAGAUG